AUGGGUUGGUUCGACGGUAAAUCCAGUGGAGUUUCCUCGACAGGGUACGUGCGGCGACGGUCAUCACCCACGCCUAGCGGCCACAGCACACACAGCAGACGCAGCAAAUCAGGGCACUCGUCCACGCAUCAGUCGCGACACUCACCGCCGUCCUUCUUCGGUGGAUUGGCCGGACUAGGCGGAAGCCGAACAGGAGGCCGAUCAAGCCCAUCUGUUUUCUCGUCAUUCUCGUCAUCGUCGCGAAGGGCCCGUCCCCGCGAGGGAUUCGUGCAGCGCAUGCUCCGCGACAUCAAGCGUCUGUUCCGCGAUAUCUAUCGCUGGGCCCGUCGCAAUCCUAUGAAGGUCUUUAUGAUGGUUAUCGUGCCUCUUCUGACUAGCGGCGUUCUUCCCAAGCUGCUGGCUAUGAUUGGCAUUCGCUUGCCGCAUGCUAUUACCAGUGCCCUUGGCGGCGCAUCGAAGCCCAGUGGUGGAAUGGGUGGUGUGGCUGGUAUGAUGGGCGGCGGUGGUGGUAGGGGUAUGUCGGAGAACAUUAGCAGUCUCAUGAACAUUGCCAAGAUGUUUGCGUAG